CCAAGAAUGUGAAGAGAGAAAUUGGCUAAUAACUCGCCUGAGCAGCCACCUCAAGCCACCUUUUCCCUCUAGGACACUACGAGGAUCGUGUCUAAUUGAACCUCCGCUCGUCUACUCCGUACCUUGCGUUAGCUGAAGCCAUGGCAAGCCCACUGCCGCCACCGCAGACGCAGACGCAGCCACCGCUGCAACAGCCUGCUUUCGCGACACGCACGCCGUCUGUACUGCGCAAAGCCGUGGGCGGCAAGGCUGUCGGCUAUCCGCCUGGAACACAAACGCCUCGUUCUCGUCCUGUAUCUGUGAUGGGCUCGCCUCUGCCUCCGCUUCCGCCUCCGUCGUCGCAGCCUCAACCGCAGCAGCCGGGCUAUCCUGUCCCAAACCCGCAACUUGUCCAGCAUCAGCAUAUCCAGCAGAACCACCAUGCCCAGCAACAUGCCCAAUACAAUCAACAGCCUCAGGUUCAGCAGAUACAGCAGGCCCAACAUGGCCAGCAGCAACCCCCCACCCAGGCGCCAGGCGCGGCCCCAGUCUAUGCCCAGCCUCACCCUCCAAAUGCUCAGCAGCAGCCACAAUACACUCAACAGCAGCAACAUUUUCAGCAGCAGCAACAACAUGAACUGCAACGGCAGCAACAUUAUCAACAACAACUGCAACAUCAACAGCAACAGCAGCAUCUACAGCAACAACAUCAGCAGCAACAACACCCCCCCGCACUCAUGAGAGCCUCAACCAUGCCAAUCCAUCAGAAGCCCGUCCAACAGGGGAUCCCGACCCAUAUCCAACAAGCCCCUUCACCCAGCCCUGCACCACAUCCACAACAGGUAAUGAGCUAUGGUGGCAACCCUCAGGUGGCUGCAUCGGCAUCUAGUAGGCACGCAAGUAUCAGUAGUAGUGUCGGCGUUCCAGCGUCUGGCACAAUAACCACUCCACCUAACACGCUAUCGAGUCCUAUUUCGCAGCCUGGUGGCGAUGUUAGACGGAGCAGCUUGGUGCUGGAUAGCUCUAAUUUGCAGGUUUGCAGUCAAUGCAAAAAAGGCAUACCAACCCACAUGUCUAUCUACACAUGUCUUGUCUGCAGCACCGGCCACAUCAAAACUGUUUUCUGUGCCAGGUGUAUUACAUCUGCCACAGGAGGCAUAUCUCACCCGCACGAUAAGUCAUAUUACGUGACCGACUCUGAUCGACGUGUGCACCCUCCUAACACAUCCGUCCCGACACAACUGUGGACUAUCCGUAAGAAUGUCUCAGGGAGAACGUGGUAUACACACAACGACACGGGGCUCAAAACACACAUCAAACCGCGGCCAUUGGCUAUGCUGGCACAAGCUAUGAUGCCACCUGGUUGGGAAGAGCGCAAAACCCCAGAUGGACGCACGUACUUCUUCAAUACCAGGACGCGCACUAGUGCAUGGACGAGGCCGGAAUACCCCCUGCCGAGUGGAUGGAAACAGCUGAAAACUCCGGAUUUGGUGCCCUUCUACAUUCAGGAGGCCUUGGGGUUAUUAUCGUGGGAUCGGCCAGGGGAUCAACCAAGUUCGAUGAACACAUUAGCGAACGCGGCAGAUAUGUCGGCGGCGGGAAUUGUAUCCGCGACAAAAGCUGCAGCUAGACUCACGGGCCAAGGAGUUAGACUAGCGAGCAAGAAGAUGGGUAAAUUAGGGAAGCCGCAGAAUGCGGCGAAACCAAGUGCUGUGGCCACCCAAGCGGGUAAGUUGGCUGGCGGUGGUAGUGCGAAUGUUGCUGCUGGUGAUAAUGGCGGUGGUGAUGGCGUUGCAAAUAAUGGAGGUCAGGAGCUGGCAGGGUAUCCAGUUGACGUACAGUCUGCAUAUGAUCAACCGCAGCCUUUCCAGCAGCAGGCUUUCCAACAACCAGGUUACGAACUGCCUGUUUACGACCAGCAGUCUACACUCGAACAACAGCAGGCAUUUGAACAGCAGCAAGCAUACGCACAGCAGCAAGCAUUUGAGCAGCAGCAGGCAUUUGCACAACAGCAGGCUUUCGCGCAGCAGCAGGCUUUCGCACAGCAACAGGCCUUCGCACAACAACAGCAGCUUGGAGCUGAUAUGGUCCAGCAACAGCCCGUUUACGGCCAAUCCGCAUAUGAACAGCAGCCAGUAUUCCAGCGGCCAUCUUUCGAGCAGCAGCCCGUAGAAACUGAUGGGACCCAGCAACAACAGCCAAUUCCGCAACCGCCAAUUUACGAACCAACAUCAAACCAACAACCCAUUGCUUUCGACACCGUUUCACCAAUGGAACAACAAGCCUAUCCUGCACAAGCUGGGCAGCAAGAACCAAAUACGAUGCCACUGGCACAGGGUGGGCAAACUCCUGGGGCUUCACAAGUGCUGUCACCCACACUUCAACCAAUCCAACAGCCUGAGAUAGCAGAGGUCCCAGCAACGGAACAGAGAGUUACUGGGAACACCACUGCCCUCGAGAAUAGUAGUAAUGCUGGAGGCUAUACGAAUGUGUUGCCUGGGAGUGCUCAGAAUAGCAACACAGCGCCAUCAGCAGUACAGCCCAUUUUGACAGAACAAGCCACGGUCAACCCCACUGUACAGCAGGCAAGUGUGACGACUACUUCGACCAUCGGGUAGAGAUGAAGAUAUUUGGGGACGUAUCCAAAGAGUGGAAUAAUGUGACGAUGAAACUAUUUGAUAUGAAUUCCAGCGAUCAAUACCUCUACUUAUGGCUUGUAGUGCUUGAAACUCAAUGGUGGGAAAAGAAUAAGACGCGGAUAGUGUUUGCCCUGGGGCCAGCCAUCUCUGCCGGUGAAUGCCGAG